ACUUUCAGAUUCACAGUUAAGGUUGGUGACUAUGUCAAGGCCGAUCAAAACGUCAUGGAAAUCGAAACUGACAAAACCACUGUCGGUGUACCAGCUCCAUUCGGCGGUAUUGUCCGCAAAAUUCUUGUAGCCGAUGGUGAUACCGUUAAGGCUGGUCAACCAUUGUUCGAAUUGGAAAAGGCUGAUGCCGGUGCUGCUCCCGCUGCCCCAGCUGCUGAGGCACCCAAACCAGCUGCUGCUGCUCCCCCACCACCACCACCACCAACUCCUGCUGCCGCAGCACCAAAACCAGCAGCUGCUGCCCCACCACCACCACCACGUCCCACACCUCCACCACCAGUUAGACCAGCACCAGCUGCUCAAAUCCCUGUGGCUACAAUUCGCCCAACACCAGCUGCUGUGCCACCACAAAUUAAAGUACCCCCAGCAGAUUAUUCGCGACAAAUCACUGGUACGCGUACCGAACAACGUGUUAAAAUGAAUCGUAUGCGUCAAAAGAUUGCUGCCCGUUUGAAGGAGGCUCAAAAUGUUAACGCCAUGUUGACAACCUUCAAUGAAAUCGAUAUGAGUGGUGCCAUGGAAUUCCGUAAGGCCCAUUUGGAAGCUUUCCAAAAGAAAUAUGGCAUCAAGAUUGGUUUCAUGUCCAUUUUCACUAAAGCUGCUGCCUAUGCUUUGCAAGAUCAACCUGUUGUCAAUGCGGUUAUUGAUGAAACCGAAAUCGUCUAUCGCGAUUAUGUUGACAUCUCUGUAGCUGUUGCCACACCCAAGGGUUUGGUUGUGCCAGUUAUUCGCAAUGUCGAAAGCAUGAACUAUGCCGAUAUUGAAAUUGCCAUGGCUGCUUUGGGUGAUAAGGCACGCAAGGGUGCUAUUGCUGUUGAGGAUAUGGAUGGUGGUACCUUUACCAUCAGUAACGGUGGUGUGUUCGGUUCCCUUAUGGGUACACCUAUUAUUAAUCCACCACAAAGUGCUAUUUUGGGCAUGCAUGGUAUCUUUGAAAGACCCGUUGCCGUCAAGGGACAGGUUGUCAUUCGCCCCAUGAUGUAUGUUGCCCUUACAUACGAUCACCGAUUGAUUGAUGGUCGUGAGGCUGUUAUGUUCUUGCGUAAAAUUAAGGCUGCCGUUGAAGAUCCUAGAAUUAUUUUAGCUGGCUUGUAAAAAAAUAA